UUUGUCAGCGUUGCUUUUCGCGGGUGUUUGUAAACAUGCGUUGAGACGAGGUUCAAAAUUAGCUUGGUGAUUGAUUUCCAUGAUUGGCAAUAGUUAUUGAUUUAAUGCAGAAAAUAUGAUUUUUUGUCGCGUUUUUGUCUUUACGAUUUGUCUAGCGUUUUCUGAUGCACUUUUUGAUCCAUUUUCGUUGGCUGCCAUUGGCGGGGCAGUUGGAGCCGGGUGGUUCAAAUAUGAUUAUUUGAAGGAAAAUACAUAUUGCCGCUUUCGUGAGUGUUGCAUUGCUCCGUACUUGAAGCACGAUGUUUCCGAACUGCAGCGUUUGCUGAGUGCUAACCUUUAUGGUCAGCACAUUGUGCAAACAGUGCUUUUUAAUGCAAUCGGUGCCCACUUGAAGAACAUCCAAUCGUCACGAAAACCACUUGUAAUGAGUUUCCAUGGAACAUCGGGUACUGGCAAAAACUUUGUUUCUGACUUCGUUGCUCAGGCCCUCUAUCAAAAAGGGAUUGAAAGUAACUAUGUGCACAAAUUCACUGCCGACAUAAUCAUAUUCGACGAGCUUGUGAUGAACCAAUUCUCACUGGCUGCGGGAAUAAAGAAAGCCAUCAAGGAUUGUCCUUACUCUCUAUUUAUUUUCGAUGAAAUUGAAAAGUUAAAACCCGGAGUGUUUGAUGCUAUCGUCAAUCUGUUGGAUCAUCAUUCAUCACUCAAAGGAUACGACUUUUCAAAGGCCAUAUUCAUAUUUCUUUCCAACAGUGCAGGCACUGAAAUUGCAGUAAAGUUGAAAUCAAUCACCGAUUCGGGCCGCUUUCGAGAUGAAACAACCUUGGUGGACUUUGAACGUAUUGCUGAGUUGGGUGCUUAUAAUGUGGUCGGAGGGUUACAAGAUAGCAAACUAAUCGAAUCGCAUGUGAUCGACCAUUUUGUACCAUUUUUACCACUGGAACAAAGACAUGUUGAACAGUGCAUCAAGAAAGAGUUUAACAAAAUAUGUCACAGAAGCACAAGCGAUAAAAUCAUAAGUGAUAUUAUGAAAGCGGCUGUUACAUUUGAUGAAACUCACGUGUAUUCGAAUAAUGGGUGUAAACGGUUGAGCAAAAAAGUUGAGGCCUAUUGUUAUAUGAACACGUGAUAAAUAAAAAGAAGUCAUGUAUUUUGACACAAUAAA